AAAAUCAUAUCCAAUUCUUGAUUCGUUGUGUGCACGACCAAGACAAUUACUUAUUACACCUUGACGAUCUUAAGAUAGUGCAAUACUUUGAACGAUAAUGGGAAGGCCUCCGAUCUGAUACCCGACAGAUUGUCAUUCAUGUAAAACAGUAUCAUCGUCAAUUUCUACCUCAUCAGUUUCAUAUUUCUACAAUACCUCUUAUGACUAGGUACCCCUCCUUUUAUCCCGCAACUUUGAACUGCAUAUAUUCAUCUACGGCAUCAACUCACUCAAUAUAAUCCCUACCUUGGACAUCUUCAUCGCCCACCACCUCGAUAUACAGCAACUACUUCCGCUGAGUCUAUACGCCCAUACAAUUAGAAGAUGAUAUAGAAACAUCGGUUUAAACUUUUUCUCAAUCUUUAUAAUAUUUAACAAUUAAUCUGAUAUCAUGUUUCCAAAUCGAUCCAUCGAGGAUAUGUCGUCAAGUAUGGAUAUCGUUGAACCCGAAACGGGGACUGAAGUGAACGACAAACGCGAAGAAGCCAAUAUUAGAAAUACAUCACGAUCACCUUCAAAAGCUCGGUCAUUAUCAGAUGGCGGUCAACCAAUACUUUCACCGUCUCCUAAAUUCCGCGAACCAGAAAAGCCAGUCUCCAAAGAUGAUAGUUCCAUCUCCGAAAGUCCGACAACACCAAGGCGACCUGCUGCACUUGCCCGAGGUCUUUCUUUGCAGAUGCCACCAAAGGAUUUUAUGCCAGUAGGGUCUUCAGCAUACAUCAAUCGAGUACCAUUGUCACCAAAAUUAGAUCAAUCACAAACAUAUGGGUCACCUACAAGUGUUUUGCCUAGACGAUCUCGAGGUCUAGAUUUUUCAAGAGCUGCAACAAACCUUCAUCACUCCACACUUGCAGAGCAAUCAUCACCCGAUUCGUCACCUACAAUUACUGGCAGAGCUAUGAAUAUCCCGAAUAGAAAAAAUGGAUUAAACUUUACCAGCGCUGGGGAAGGUUCUUUGUGGUCUCCCGCGCCAAAUACAGAAAGAAUGAUGGCAUCCAAUUCGCUUGGCAGUGUUAACAUGAUGGCCUCCGAUGAUUCUGAAAGUAGUUCCGACAAUGAUGAUAUGAUGGAAUCAGACGACAUCGACGACUCUAUUAUUACAACACCUCAAAUUAGCAGAAUUACAGCACCUUUCGGCGGAAGUUAUCACCCAAGCCCUGGUGGCGCCUGGUCUGGACAAUCCCCCGCAGUCAAUAGUCUUAUGAGUUUCCAGUCAGCAAGAUUAAGAAGUGGAAAGAGUCGCAAAGGAUCGAGGAGUGGACCAAUGGCUAGUCCAACCUCCAAAUCACCUCCUACUAUGCGCAAUAUCGAAAGCAAUUACUUUAAUAGACCAAGAACUGUGGAUAAUUUUCGUUCGAGGAGAGAAAGUAUAAGCUGGGCUGCAAAUCAAUUACAUAUAUCAGGAAGUGAGAGUGAUGAUGCUGGAUUGAAAUCCACUUUAGAGAAUGUGGAUGGUAUGCCUAGCACACCUGGAAAAGAUGGACAGCGAGGGGUCAUUCGCAGGGUAGUGACCAGGAGGGGAAACAUGCUACCCAAAACAAAAGGAUUCGCACGCAUUCGUGCAGCUCUAGCUGAAGAGAGUGCACCAGUCGAAACCGAAGUUCGCAGAGAAGCAGAAGUUGUCCGCCAAACCCGCGAAAGUGAUAUGGAUCUCGAACCUUCUCGACAUCCCUCUAUAUCAACAAUAGAUGCACGCUCGUCACCGAUAAUGGGUCCAACACAGGAUUCUCUGGAAGGCAUACCCGAAGAUGAUAUAAUGGCUGAUGCAUCCAGUUCUCAACUAUCUGGUAGCUUCAAGCAACAAGUUAUUCGCAAUUCUAAAGGCAAGGAAUUCUGGGAUUCUUUUAGUGAUGACAAUAAUCGCACACCACCUCCACCCAAUUUCAAUCAUCGCGGUUCCACUUCUGGCAUGAGUGAAGAUUUAUCAUUAGAGGCUCACCUCUCGACGCCUCUUCAUCCCCAUCGAAGCAACUCUGAUUCCUCUCCAUCUCGAUCCUCUACUCCUCAAGCAUCCGAACCUAUGCGUAAAAUCACCCAUAAACGUCGUCGGGACGAUGAUCUCGAUCCUACAAGUUUUAAGAGACGGGCGGUUAGUCCUGGCAUGAGCGUACAUAAUAGUCCGGUAAUGCAAAGUCCGAUGCAAAGGGAUUUGGCUCCCUGGGGCUCAAGACCAAACAGUAACGGGGAGCCCGGAAAUGGAAAGAGCGGAUUGGGGAAUGGUUCGGCGGGGAUGGGAGGCAGGAGAAUUGGGUUUCAGGGUAUGGUAGACACUAAUGAUGGAUUGAUGAAAAUGAGUAUUGAAUAAUGGGUAUAUGGACAAGGAAUACGGGGUUUAAAAUGGAUUGAGCGCGGACAUUUUGCUCAUACGAUGACUGGUUUUAGGGUGUUAAUAUUUUUUAUGGGAUCCAGUGGACCUAACUAGGAUUGGAGGGCGUACAUGUUUCUUGCACGGCAUAUUCAAAUAUCCAUUCUGGUGUAGAGGUAGCAUAGGAGAAUCUGCCUAUAGGCGAAACUAGCGAUGAUUACUCAUGUAAUCCAAUCAUAUUUUUACUCUAUUCACUUUUUA